AUGCCCAUCACCAUUCAAAUUACCGACCAUCCUGCUAGGACCUGGUCCAAACCCAGAGCCACCACCCCUGAUGACGUCCUCCGAAAAGCUUGCCCGAGAGACAAUGAUGAAGCUUACGACUGGCGCCCCGAAAGUGCUCAACAGGUCCCACUGGGACCCUUGACAAGAAGAAACAUCAUCCAAUCCUCUUUUUCGUCUGAGUAUCUACGCAAGACACACACCACCCCAUCGCAAAAUGGGUUCUUGUGGACCGCCUACCAUGCCUACAGCGACCAUCACAACCUCCACAUCCGACCGGAAGAUAUUUGGUUCGCCAUCUUGACGCAACUGAGCCAUUACAUCAAUGCCAAUUCUGAACGUCUCAGGUCUUUCUUCGUCGAGCAUGAGGGGCAGAAGAAGCUUGAAAUAUGGGCUGAAUCGACCUCGAUCGACUUUGGUGACCUUGCAGAAUGCUUCUCGGAAAUGAUCUCCUCAAACGUCAAGGAUGACGAAUUGCAUGACUGGAUCAUGCCGUCGUUCACGACCACGUCUGACAACGACCGCGUCGUUGCAUCGAUUCUGUUCAUGGGAUCAAUGCGAGACUAUUUCUCCUACGAGGCACAAUUGUCGUGCGGCAUACCAUCAGUGACCCUGCUCGGAGAGGCCACGGACUACAGGGACAUCCUGAGGCGUCUUGACAAGAUUGAAGAUUUUGGGGACGAGCCAAAGCAAUUUGCGACGUUACUGAAGCCUAUCCUUGAACACAUGGUCAUGUCAUUCGAGGUGCCCAGCAGUCACCCGCAAGUCGAGGCAUUCUGGAAUAGGAUGGUCACAUUCCACGCCGGAUUCAGUGGGGGUGACCACAUCUCUGGAUGGCUUGGUGUCUUUUCCUUCUGGAAGACGUCGGGCCAGACUUCGCAGGGUGCAUCUGGCAACUGGGUGCCUCACAUUAUCGAUGGCAUUCCGCGAAUGAAUCUUUUGAUGGCUGAUUUUGCGGCUGGAGCCGCUUCAGUUGGUGUCACCAUCAGAAGCAUCAGAAGAUUUGCCGCCUAG